CGUGCUUUAAAAAGUCAACGCCUUCGGUGUUCCUUUUACCUUUGGGGUUUCGUCCUCGAGCUGGGGUCUCGGCGCUCUUCUCUGCAGUUAGGAUGGGUGGAAACCAACGUAAGCCUGAAGGCCGGGGGGUGCGUGUGUGUGUCCCACAGCCCCCGGGCUGCGGAAGGUGGCGGCUCGGCGAGGGGCGCGGCGGCCGGGCAGGACCCGGCGCGACUCCGGCGCAUCUCCGACGGGUGGAGUAAUGCUGAGGAGGAGGAGGAGGAGGAGGAGGAAUUCCUUACUGCCGUGAUACCGAGGGACAGCCCGCGACCCCGCGCUUCCCCCCGGCCCGCCUCUGCGGGCGCGGAGCCUGCCCCUUCCUCCCCGUCCCUCCGCCAAAGCCCGUACGAGGGCCGGCAGCGCUGCCCGCGGCUCCCUCUCGCUCUCCCUCUCUCCCCCGCGCCGCGGUGACGGCGGCCCGCGGGCGGGAGGACGUGCGCGCCCGCCCGUCGCGGCCGCUGCCGUUUCCGCGUUGCCCGCCCGGCCCGGCAGGUCCCGCCCCAGCCCCGCGGGGAGGCUCCGGGCCUGGCGGCGGGGGGGCGCGCCGCCCCCCGCCCGGGGCCUGCGGCGGGGGCGCCGGAUAAAGCGGUGCCGGCCCGUCCGCCUGCCGCCACAGGGGGCGGCCGGGACGGGCCCAGCGGGGGCGCCCCGCCAUGGCGAGCCCCGCACGGCCGCGGCAGGAGCUGGCGGCGGCGGCGGAGGAGCGGCGGCUCCGCGGCGCGGCCCCGACGCUGCCCCGCGACGCCAAGCGGGAGGCGGCGGGGGAGCGGCCGGUGCCGCUGGAGCUGCGGCGCGGCGGGCGGCCGCCGUCCCCCGGCGCCGGCGAGCGGCGGGAGGAGGGGGAGGAGGAGGAAGAGGAGGAGGAGGCGGCGGCGGCGGCGGCGGGCGAAGACUGUUGCGGCAAGUGCAAGAAGCGGGUGCAGUUCGCCGACUCGCUGGGGCUGAGCCUGGCCAGCGUCAAGCACUUCAGCGACGCCGAGGAGCCGCGAGUGCCGCCCGCCGCCCUGUCCCGCCUGCAGAGCCCGCCCGCCGAGGAGCGGGACCCGCCGCCGGCCGGCGGGGACCCCCCGCCGCCCGCCCUGCGCCUGGUGCCCGACUUCCCCGACGGCGGGGAGCCCGGCGCCGAGCGGCUGCGGCGGCAGCGCGUCUGCCUGGAGCGGCUGGGGCGGCCGCCGGCGCCCGCCGACGUGCGGGGCACGGUGCGAGUGCUGGGCUGCCCCGGCCCCAAGGAGGUGACGGUGCGCUACACCUUCAACGAGUGGCUCUCCUUCGUGGACGUCCCGGCCGCCCCGCUGCCCCCGCCGCCGGCCGCCGCCGGCGACCCGCCGGCCGAGCGCUUCGGCUUCGCCCUUUGCGUCCCGCCGAGCCUGCGGGAGGGCUCGGCCCUCCACUUCGCCAUCCGCUACCGCAGCCCGCAGGGCGAGUACUGGGACAACAACGGCGGCCGCAACUACACGCUGCGGUGCUGCGGCUGCCCCGGGGGGAGCUGCCGCUACUGACGGCGGCCGGGCGCGGGGAGCCCCGGGGAGAGGCCCCGA